CAACAAUGACAAAUGUAUAAUCCUCUCCUUUUUCAUUUUCCCUCUUAAUGGAUUCUCCACUUUGUACUAUUUUAAAAUCCCCAACUCCUUUAAUCCCUUUACCAUUGCCGGUAUUCCGUAUCCAUCAAACUCUUCUUCUUUAUCUCUAUCUCUAUCUCUGUCUCCCUCUUUAUCUCUCACGCACAGUCUGUCUCUCUCAGUAAAUGCAAAACGGCGUAGCCUGCAAAAAUCUGACCAACAAACAAACAAAAGCUAUUUUCUCUGCUUCCAUAUCACCGCUAUCUACACCUGCAAACUACGUGCUUCGUCUUUGCCUUUUCUCGAUUCCAUUGUUAGUCAAUAAAGCAGUCGCUUACAAUUAGUUGUGGACACUGCGGGGAGAGCGUGAAACCAAAGCAUCACAGCCAGAGAGAGAAGAAAAUGCUGGAAACUUUUAAGUACCUCAUCGGCUCGGCCGGUCCAAGUGGAUUUGGUUCUAAGUCCACCGCCGAGCAAGUGACCGAAGGAUGCGAUCUACGUUGCAUGACCGCCAUCAUUACUGGCGCUACUUCAGGAAUUGGAGCGGAAACGGCGAGAGUGUUGGCGAAACAAGGAGCGAGGCUGGUAUUACCGGCUCGGAACAUGAAGGCAGCCGAGGACGCCAAGGCGCGUAUAGUAUCGGAAUUUCCUGAUUCCGAAAUCAUCGUUAUGGCACUUGAUCUUAGCUCUCUCAACUCCGUUCGAAACUUCGUUUUAGAGUUUGAGUCUCUCAAUUUGACACUCAACCUCCUUAUAAAUAAUGCCGGAAAGUUCGCACACGAGCAUGCAAUAUCAGAAGAUGGAAUAGAAAUGACCUUUGCCACUAACUAUCUCGGUCAUUUUCUGUUGACGAAAUUGUUACUAAAGAAGAUGAUCGAAACGGCUAGAGAAUCCGGCAUCCAAGGGAGAAUCGUGAACGUUUCAUCUAGUGUUCACAGCUGGUUUUCCGGCGAUAUGAUCCGAUAUCUCGGUGAAAUAUCCCGAAAUAAAUGUCAUUACGAUCCCACACGUGCUUACGCUCUCUCGAAGCUCGCUAACGUUUUGCACACCAAGGAGCUUGCUCAGAGACUGAAGCAAAUGGAAGCCAACGUGACCAUCAACUGCGUCCAUCCAGGAAUCGUGAGAACCAGACUCACCCGGGAACGAGAAGGCCUUGCCACAGACAUGGUGUUUUUCAUGGCUUCGAAGCUUUUGAAGACAAUUCCUCAGGCUGCUGCUACAACUUGUUAUGUAGCUGCUCAUCCAAGACUGUUGAAUGUUUCUGGAAAGUAUUUUGCAGAUUGUAAUGAAGCUUCAACGUCGAAAUUGGGAUCCAGCUCAACAGCAGCUACAAGGUUAUGGUCCGCUUCUGAACUCAUGGUUUCUAGAGAACCAAAAGCAGUUUUUGACCCACUCAAUGCCAUAGAAUAUGGUGCAUAAAGAAAAAUAAAAGGUAGAAGAAAACUAUAUAUAAACGAAAUAGAAUAUUUAGAAAAAGAAGAAGAAGAGAUAACCCGAUAUUUAGCUAGCUCCUAAUGGAGAGAAAAGGUCCAAAAAAAAAAAAGCUAGAGAAAAAGGAGAGCUUAGAAACUCAUAUACAAGUGUACACAGCUUAGUUAGACCAGAGUAUGAUUAGUAUGGCAUACAUGUACUGGUUAUAUUAAUAGAUACUAAUAUAUAAUAUGUGUCCUUUUUACUGAUUA